GCCACACAGACCUCAACACAUUAAGCUCUGCCGCUCCAGAGAAGAUUUAAAAUAGCAUUUGAAGAGCAUACAAAAGGAGAGAUUGCAAAAUGACCAACUUCACUGAUGAAGACCUGGACCACUAUUUACAAAAUCAGGUGGAUCUCAGGCAUCGUCUGGUUUCAAAGUCUGUGGAAGAAGUGCAGAAAAUCAUAAAAGCUCUUACAGCUGAGGUCAGCUCAAAGGAUGCUCGCUUCCAGUCCAUUGCAAACUCUGGUGUUCACAAUACAAGCCUCAAAGAUCAGCCAGCUUUAGCGUCAAAAUGGGCCGCAUUACUCAGGGGAAAAAGUGCAUUCAACCCAGCCAUCCAAGUGCUCACUCCCACUCUGUUCCUGAUCUCAGUGCCUCUGCGGGGCUUGAUGGGCUAUAAGGGGAGGCGAACGCGACAGUGGCGGUACUACACGCUUAGCGGCUCUCGUCUCCUCUCACCUGUCCGUGAGCCAGAGAAGCUCCACCAGUGGCUGGAAUUGGAGUGUUUUCUCAACUCAAAUCAGGAGUGGCAUGAUACCCGCAUGACCAUAGAGGGUGAUAUUGUGCCAGCUAAGGUGGUGAAUGUCUUCAAGGAGCAUCUGGAGACAUCCAUAAAGACCUGUGGACUAACAAAUAAGGUGAGUGUGCUGGAGUCUGUCGGGUCAGUGGUGCGUGUUGCUGUGGAAACAUCAGAGGCACAGAUUGAGGUGGAUCUGGUUCCUACAGUGGAGCUAAUGAACUGCUGGCCAAAGAGAGCUCGGUGGCCCCGCCUUUUUCGGAGAUGGCCCUCUACAGAGCGUGCUCGCUGCAUUAAGUCUUUUGGAUACAAUCUAAUGGCCACAUCAAACUACCACUGGCUGCUGUCUUUCUCACGGGCGGAGCAGGUGCUGUUGAGUAAUAUAGAUGAGGAUGGCGGUUGCCGCAGGAAGUGUUACCGUGUGGUCAGACAGCUCAAGGAAGAUGUCUGGUGUCCUGGAAGCAAACCUGUCAUCACUGCCUACCACCUACAGACACUGCUGUUUUGGACCUGUGAGAAGUACGCCUGCACCAGGGACUGGAGAGACAUCAGGGGAUGUGUAUUACGACUGGUGCAGAAGCUGUAUAAGUGUGUUAGCCAGCACUAUCUCCGCCAUUACUUCAUACGAUCCCACAACCUUCUGAAAUACAGCAAUACAAAUGAGUUAGAUGACGUGGCAAAGAAGAUCAGUAAUUUCCUGGACAAUCCAGGGACAUACAUUCAUUAGAAGCAUCCUCUGACUGUUAGAUGGCAUAGAUCUGUGUUAGCUGUGCUCUGUUUGUAUGACUGCAUCAUAUUGAUGAUAUGUUCAUUAUAGGCUGUGGUUGACUAAAGUAAUAUAUGUCUUUUCUCCUUAUUCCUCAUUACUGAAAUUUUCAGCAGAAUCAUGAUGUCAGCUUUCUUAACAGCAGGCCUAAUUCAUGAA